AUGCCGUUUGCUCAACCAGUGCAAGGUGUUGCCGAUGCUGCUGGGCCAGAUCAGUGGUUCAAGUCUUUACCCGUCGUGACACGGUACUGGUUCGGAGCUACCAUUGCUGUGACCCUGGCGGCCAAUUUUGAGAUUAUUUCCUCCGGUCAAUGUGCCUUUGUUUGGCCCCUCGUGCGAUACAAAUUUGAGCUGUGGAGACUUCUUUCGUGCUUUUUGUACGCGGGUCCGUUCAGUAUGAACACCAUGAUUUCUUGUUACAUGUUGGUGACUUUUUCCAGACAGUACGAAGCUGGUGGUCCCUACAAUACUGGCGCAGGAGGUGGGACCGCAGAUUUCGCAUUCAUGCUCAUGUUUGGAGCAGCAAUCAUGUUGAUAACUUUCCCUCUUGUUACCGCCAUUCUGGGCUUGCCUCCGAUAUUUUGCCAAAACAUGAUUUCUUACGUUUUAUACACGUGGAGCCGACGCAAUCCCACCGCCCAAGCCAAUAUCUGGGGUAUGCCUGUACCAGGAAACUACUUGCCAUUCGCUCAUUUGGCCUUGACAGUUUUUAUGGGAAAUCCAUACGCAGAUCAGCUACAUGGGCUCAUGUGUGGACAUAUUUACUACUUUUUGGUGGACGUCGUUCCUCAAGUGCAGGGCAAAGAUAUCUUACACACUCCACGUUUUUUAAUCGAUGCCUUUGGUAUUGGUGAGUAUCGUCCCACGGUGGAGGCAGUAGCGCCUCCCCAAGGUGGUGGAGCCCGGAUUGCUGGUCUUGGCAACGCGGCGCCUGCACAGAAUACUGCGGCAGUUGGAGGAGGAGGCUAUACCUGGGGAGGUGGGGGGCGCCCUUUGGGACGAGAUUAA